UUUCGCGGAAAUUUCAGUAUAUCUAGAAUCUAAUCUAGAUCUAGGUAUAAUUUAUACGGCAAUACUAGAUCUAUAUUAUAUCUACAACUACUAGCUAGAUCUAGACCUCUAUUAACUCUAUAUCUACAAAACAAGUAGGAUUAUUCGAUUUUAAUAAUUUUUUUCUAGUACAACUCAAACAUGACAGAUUUGUUGCAAGAACAUCCUGAUUCUAUCGGCAGUAUCGGCAAUUGGGCGGACAUCACUGAAGACGCAUUCACUUCAUCAUUCAGCAAAGCAGCUGAAGAAUCCGAGUGUAUAUCUUGUGAUGAAUCAAAGCAACAAAAUAAGAUCAGCACAGAUCUGGAAAAAGAAAGAGUAUUGCAGAAAAAUGAUCUCAGAAAUAAAUUAAAAAGAAACAGUUUAUCUUGUGAUGAAUCUAAGCAACUAACUCACACAGACAUGCAAACUGGUGAUAGUACUAUUGAUGUAUCACCAGAAAGAAAAUGGCAAAAAAAUGAUCUCAGGAAAAAACUGAAUACUGACAGAACUUAUGACGAGGAAUGCACUCCUGAAGAAAGAGGCAAAGGCUUUUAUAGAUAUAAAUACACACAUCGUCCAGGAGACUUGAGCCCUCUAAGAAGUCCUAUUGAACGAAACAAAACAUGUGUAACAGAGCUAGAUAACAAAACUAAUGACAGGUUUUCAAGCAAGAGGCAAAGUAGUUAUUCAAAAAAUAAUCAUCAUAACAAACAUUCACCAACAAAAUAUCCUAGAACCAAAUCGAUGCAAGAUACAACAUCUGGAGGAGAAAGCUUCACUCAGUUAGACUCUGAUUUGGAAAGUGGCACUCCUGUCUUUACAAGGCUUAAUUUUGGUCUGAGAUCUCGUCAGUCAUGGUCACGAAGAAAGCUCCACCUUCCAUCUGAAAAUGAAGAGUCUGAUGACAGUUCCAAAAUGAUGGAAGAAGAUGCUGUGAGGCUGGCAAGGCGUGAAAAAGACAUAUCUUAUGGCAAAGCUACAGAUGCUUACAAACAGUAUGUCCAGAUUAUUCCAAAGAAUUUGCGCAGUAGGGAUUUUAAAUUACACCCACGAACGCCAGAAAAAUUUAAGAAAUGCAGUCGCAGGUCUUGGGACUCACAAGUAAAGAUUUGGAAACGACGACUUCACACUUGGGCAGAACUACAUUGUAAGCCUAAUAACAAAGAAAUAAUAACUGAGAUCAUCAAUUCUCAAGAAAGUUGUGAAAGCACAGAAAUGCCUCCAAAACAAGAAAUGGGUAGUCAGGAAAGUGAUGACGAUUUACAUUUAUCAGAUGAUGAAUCUUUCUUGGAUUGUGUUGAUAUCAACUUUGAAGUGGCAGAGCUCAUGGAGGAUACAGUUAAUCUGAAUGACAAUUAGAUAUUAAGUUGUCUAUAAUUUACCACUCAAAAGGCAGCAUGACUGAAGGUUUUGUUGGUGUAAUGAGGAAGUUGUAAAUGAAAAUACACUUUAAGGUCAUUAGAGCAUGGGAUUAUUUGCAUGCCAGACUUAAGUCCUGAAUUAUUUUGUUAUUUUCAGCAUACAAUUUUUAAUUAUCCUGGUAGAUUUUUAUAAUUAGUCAUCUAACCAUAAAUUUAUUUAUAUGAUUUUUAAAAAGAACAACAUUUUGUUUAUUCUAAAAAAUAUUUAGAACAGGAAUUUUUAAAAUAAAUGUAUUGGUUGUUGAAUGGCAAAUAGUACAGCAAUGUUUUAGGUGUUGUUUUUUUUUCCCUUUACUGGUAUGAGAUUUGUUAAGAGUUGCUAAAGUCGUCAGUUUCUAACAAAAAAAAGAUUUGUUCAGUAUAGAACAAACUAGAGGACUUUGUGUAGAUUGUUUCAUCUACUAUCCUCCUUCUUCUCUCCCCACCACCCCCCCCCCCCCUUUUUUUUUUUUUUUUUUUUUUUCUCAUUGACCAUUUUAUCCAUUUUGUAAGCAAAAACCUAAGUGAUAAAUAUUUCACAGUUUAUUAUAAACAACAAAUGUUUAUGCUUCUGUCAUUAUUUAGAAAGAGAGAGACAAAAACAAAGUGUAUGACGUUUCUUUUUUAGUGAAAAGCAUAUUGAGACUUUGAAAGUGGCAUUUAAUUAAACUUUGAUUGGUACUAGAUCAAAGUAUUUUAUAUUUCACAUUGAACUUAUGAAUUUUUUUGAAGUCUAUCUGUAUUGAUAUUUCAUUGUAUAUACUUAGAAGGCUUUUUAUAUUGCAUUUGUUUGGGUGUUUUUGAUGAAAAAAGUGUAAUAAAUAUUGAAAUGACUAUUUAUUUGUCUUCAUAUGCGUUUUUCAAAAUUUACUUUUUGUUACAGAAUUUAAAUAUCGUACUGUAUCUGAUUUUAUUUGAGCAGGAAAAAUGUAAUAUGAUCAAUGUUACCAUAAGUUUGACUUCAUUGAAUGUGUAUAUUAAAACCUCUAUAAUAAUUAGCUCUCAAACAGAUUAUACCUGAUAUUGUUUUAAAAUUGUGUCAUUUAUCUGAUGCUGAGACCAAGAUAAAAGUGCUGUGUGUUUGGCUGAAUUUGUAAAUAACAUCAAGUCAGAUUUGCACAUUAAUCCUGUUCAACAAAACUUAUUUAGACUAGUUAACCUUCUUAGCUGUUUUAUGUCUGUUGUGUUCUCAAAGUGCCUUGAGUCAACAUUAUUUUUGUUAACACCAUUCAUCUCAUGACUGCCUGUGGUGUUGUCUAGGGCAUAGGCCACCAACCAGGUUCCUCCAAGCUGGGCGAGUCCUGUCCCAAUGUCUUGCCCAUCUGCUUGGCGUUUGCAUCCAAAUCUCUCCUUGGGAGUUCCAGUUGACAGUUAUGUCUUGUGAUGCAAAGUGGUGGCUUAUCUAUCACCUGCAUCUAUGGAAAAAAAAUAUUUGUUCAUUGGAACUCUGUGUCAGUACUAACCAGUAAAUUCCAUCCAUUCUUCCUGCUAUCUCUGGCUGUAAACUCUAACCUAUUUAUCUUGUUUUCUUUGACAAAUCUCCUGCAUUUUUUGUCUGUGUGUUUACUCUCACUACAUGAUCUCUUGAUGUCCAUAUUUUCUUUUCUCACUAGUGUAAUACCAUUGAAACACACAAACAGGAAGUUUAUAUUUUUAUUAUUGAAUCUAAUAGUCUAAUUGGCACAUGUUUUAGACCAUAUGGUUAAACAAGUAUCAUGUCACUUAAUUUUCCAUUUUGUGUCUUAAAAAAAAAUCAUUAAACAGUUGAAAUUUAAA